GGAAAUUAUAAUAUAUUUUCACAAUCCAAAACUCAAUCGAUAAUAUAAAGAAUGAAACAACCAAAAGACCCCUAUUCAUACUCCCAAAAGAUUCACGAUCCAAAACUUGCUGGAAAAAUAAAUCAAAGCACCAACAAUUCCCUAGAUCCCGAAAACAAUUUGCACGAAAGACUCUCACAUAUAAUAUUUGGUGAUGCCUCUUUGACUGAAAUAGAGAGCAGAUAUUUAAGUGCCGCGGAAAAAGGAGACCAAAUUUCUCUUCACGAGAUUUUACAAGAAAACCCGGGCUUAAAUCUCAAUUGUGUCGAUUACUUAGGCAGAAGUGCAUUGCAACUAGCAGUACUGGAAGAACAGAUCGAUGUGAUCGACUUUCUUAUUCCUCGAAUGCAGUUGCAAAGGGUAGGAGAGGCCUGGCUCCAUGCUAUAGAUAAAGGUAAUCUGGCAAUAUGCGAGCAGAUCUUGCAACAUCCAUUCCACAGAAAUACACUUAUCAGGAACCAACUCCUAGGUAACGAUUCCUUUUUCAGUACCGAGACAGAAAACCUAAGUUUUUCUGCCGAUAUGUCGCCAAUUAUUCUGGCUGCGCAAAGGAACAAUGUGAAACUUAUUCAAUUGCUCUUGGCAAAUGGGGCCAUAAUACCACGACCACACAUUUACGACUGCAAAUGCAUAAGCUGCAGUAAUCAACGAAAAUUUGAUUCCGUAAGGCAUUCACACUCCAGGCUUAAUGCUUACAAAGGGCUGGCCAGUCAGGCCUAUAUAAGCCUCUCUAGCAAUGAUCCACUUAACACGGCGUUUGAACUCAGCAAGGAGCUCGCUGACUUGUCCAAAGUAGAAAAAGAAUUUAAGAUCGAAUAUGUGAAACUCAGCAACCAGUGCAAAGAUUAUUCCGUUGUUCUUGAGAACUUAUGUCGAUCCACUGAUGAACUGCUAACAAUUUUAAAGGGGAAGUCCACGCCAAAACCUACAAACAAAUUUAUUAAAAGCGACAGAGACAAGAACCUUACGAAAAACAUAGACGCUUUCAACGCAGACGAGAUCGACGGUUCUGAAUUGAAUAUGCUCAAAAUCGCCAUCAAAACCAAACAAAAGAAGUUUAUAUCACAUCCUAGUUGCCAGCAACAACUAUCCAUAUUUUGGUAUCGGGGCUUCACAUUUUGGCAACAUUGUAAUUCGAUGGGGAAAAUAGCUAUCGUUUUUCUAAUAGGAAUUUUUAUUCCUUUAUUAGCCCUGGGGCAUUACAUCUUGCCUAUCAAGCAAUUUCGUCGAUUUUUGCAAAGUCCCAUCAUAAAAUUUAUGAUGCACGCGAUGUCUCACGUUAUUUUCCUUAUUCUCCUGGGGCUUUUGAGUGUAAGAAAUGAUCAGCUGUUCCGACAAAUGUUGGGUCUACCACCGUUGGCAACAUAUUCAAACGAUAACAUCAAGGAAGAAUUGCGCGAAGCUCAAUAUCUUUAUUUUUUCGGCAUAAUUCAUUUGUUAGUCGUGUUAUGGGUCAUAGGUUAUUUGGUCACCGAAGUGAACCAGAUUUUCAACGAAGGGCCUGCCAAUUACCUAACUGAUUGGUGGAAUUACUUGCAUUUUAAUCUCAUUCUUCUUUACUUUGCCGCUUACGCUACACUCUUCACCAUAUACUUCAAAAUUUACAAUACAAUCAAUUUCACGACCUUUCAAGACUUUUUGGCCGAUAUUGAAAGCCGCAACGGAAAAAGAUCCGAAUCCUUGGAAACACCGGUAGCUAUUUUUAACGUAUUCUUCUCGUUGGCAAACGUAAUGAGCUUUAUGCGUAUGGCUUACUUCUUACCCGCUAACGAGCAAGUUGGUCCAUUACAAAUUAGUCUAGGUCGGAUGAUGGAAGAUAUAGUCAAAUUCGGGUUUAUUUUUGUGCUGGUCUUAACGGCCUUCAUUUGUGGUAUGACUAACUUGUAUGGAAUGUACAGUAUAGAAGGAUCCAACCAUAUAUUUACAUCUCUACAAGGUACUUUCGGGAUACUCUUUUGGUCCACUUUCGGCAUGGGUGACCCCAGUGCCCCCAAAUUUGAUAAUAAAUCAAGGAUUUUCAUCCAAAAUUCGGGGUAUAUUCUUUAUGGAAUGUAUACAGCUACUUCAUUAGUCGUGCUCGUUAAUAUGCUCAUAGCUAUGAUGACCGAUUCCUUUCAACAAAUAAAAGAUGAUGAAGACGUUGAAUGGAAAUAUGCCCGUUCCAAGCUUUGGAUGUCUUUUAUCCAAGAACGCGAAUAUUUACCUAUUCCAUUUAAUUUGAUUCCAUCGCUUGAUUUCUUGAGUGGAAUUUUAUUUGCCUUGGCAGAGUUUGUAAAGCACACCAGUUUGUUGAUUAUGCGCAAAGUGUCGCUUCAUAGCGGUGCUAACGACCCAAAUAUUUACAAUAGAAAUCGGGAAAUGGGGUUGACCAAUGGGCUGAACCGGGAAAAUAAGCGGGAUGGAAUUAUUGACGACAAAUAUGAUAUUAUGAUGAGAAAAAUUAUAAGACGUUAUUUGCACGCAAUUUUGUAUUCAAGAAUUCCACAAAAUGAAGGUGACACGAUUGACAUCAAAUACGGCAUGCUGAAACAAGCUAAUGAAAAAAUAAAGAGUGAUAUCAGUGAACUCAAAGGUAUGCUUACAGAGUUUAGAGACAAUAAAUACUCCAGCAACAACUCUAGGAGAUCAUCCAAUAUAAAAGGAAAAGACCUCCUUAAUAUAAAACUUUAAAUCAAAAAUUAUAUUCGUACCUCACUCGUGUAGGAUU